CCCGUCUUCACCUCCUCCACACACCAGUGGGAACAACAUGUCGUCGAACAGGGCCAAGCUCGAAUCACUCCUCUCCAUCAUCAAUACCGCCGCCCAGGAGGCGAUCGCGAUGUACGAGAAGGAGGGCGGCGACGUCCCGUCGUUCGAAUCGACGGACUCGCACCCUCUCGACGAUGCCUUGGACACUGUCGCGCUCAAGAGCACGAUCCGAACGCUCGAGGGUGCCUGCCACCAGCUUUGCACCACCCUGGCACCGCCGUCACACACGGCAAUCAACAUGGUGCAAAUCUACGAUUACGCCUGCAUCCGCGUCGUGCUCCGGGAGAACAUCACCAACAUCCUGCUCGACUAUCCCAAGGGCAUCCAUGUCAACGAGCUCGGCAAGAUUAUCAAUAUCGAGCCUAGGAAGCUCGCACGCAUGAUGCGCGUGCUUGCAACUCGCGGCUGCUUCGUCGAGGUCGACACCGACACGUUCGCAAACAACCGGCUGUCGCUCAUUCUCCACAGUGAGCAUCCGGUGCGGCAUAUGGUCAGCCUCCACGUCGAGGCUUGUGCGAAGGGCGCGUCUGUCUUCUGGGAGACCCUGAAGGCUCCAGAGCAGGGCCCCUCAUAUGACCCCGCCCACGCUCCCGUCAUGUUCGCAAACAAUAGGGAUGGUAUCACGGGCACUUUCUUCGAUUGGAUGCGUGAAGAUGUAAGUCACAUGUUGCAGGGGCAGAGAACUGGUACUCAUUCGCCAUUCCCAGGACAGCAGGCGCCUGCCUACCCCUUCCCGGAAGUUUCAACCGUUGUCGACGUUGGCGGUGGAAUUGGCGCAUUCUCCCUUCCUCUGGCCCGCACACACAAGAACGUCAAGAUCACGAUCCACGACCUUCCCGAAGCUCUCGUUCAAGCUCGUGACAUUUGGGCCAACGAGUGUCCUGAGGCAGUCAAGGAGGACCGUGUCGAGUUCAAAGAGCUCAACUUCUUCACGCAGGUGCCGGUCAAGGGCAAGGACAUAUAUUACCUCCGUAACAUCAUUCACGACUGGCCCGAUGAUGAGGCUCUUCUCAUCCUCCGCAACGUUCGGGAAGCCCUUGGCCCGAACAGCCGUGUGCUCGUCCACGACUACGUCCUUCGCGGGCUGAGUCGGAAACAGGCCGAGGUUGAGGCCUCUACUCUCGGUGCUGACAUCGCACCUGAGCCGUUGUUGCCCAACUACGGCGUCGGCAAUAUCCGCGCGUACGAGCAAGACAUGACAAUGUGGAUACUUCACAACGCCAAAGAACGGACGCUGCAGGACUCCGUCCAGCUCGCUGCUGCUGCGAACCUCAAGCUCGAGAAAGUCUGGGACCUCGCCGAGGCGUGCGUUCUCGAGUUCAAGGCCGCAUGAUUAUGAUCCUUUUCUAUGCCAUGUUGAAAUAGAAACAUCAAGGACGAUUAUGUAUCAUAGAUGUCCAGAAUAGCAUUCCAUGUAGAUCACCAACCCUACAUACAGUCGCUCAAUGCAUCCCUCAAC